CGUCGUUUAGUUAGCUUUUCAAGAGGAGCAUCCGAGAAAUUGUUUAGGGCAGAUUCAAGUAGGAAAGCCGAAGAACGACUCUUUUGUCUGCUCGAAGGAUCUUCCGGUUUAUGUAUCUUUAGGUUGGUGUUAUCUCAUAUGGGUGGGUAUAACGAUUCGGGUUCAUCGGAGAAGAGAUCAAACGGCGCCAUGAACGACAUACCGACCUUCAGCGCAGAGAAUAUGCAGAACAACUUGAGAAUUAUACAGAACAGCCGGACAUUUUUGUCGAUCAUCGGUGGUGUCAUUGCUGGAGUUCUGGGAUUCACGGGCUUGACAGGUUUCGUGUUUUACUUUCUGGUGAUGUCAAUUACUUCUGUCGGGCUCUUGGCCAAGGCAGGAUUCUCGGCCAACAUGUACUUCGACUCGUGGAACCGGGUCCUCUUUGACGGCUUUCUAGGUGGCCUCAUGUCCUUUGUGCUGUUCUGGACAUUUGCAUAUGACAUUGUGCACAUCUUCUAAGGGGAUCUCAAUGGGGUUUGGCGAUGGUCCAAAGACACUGAACGGGACAGAAGGUUUGGAAGGUGCAGAUGAUGUUUCUAGCUGCAGACACUUGAAGCAUGUUCUCAAAUGUAUGUCUUCUUUUUGCUCUGGUGAUUCACCUUCUAUCAAGUAGGGGAAAUGGUAUUUGCUCUCUCUAAGAUUUCACACUUGUUUGCAUAAUUUUAAAUAUUCCAAAAAAAACCCUCCAUUUCUU